UGUCAUGUUCAUUUCCUAAACGCUCUCAGCCAAGAGCAGAACAUUGCAGUUUAGUGUGUGUGUUUGUGUGUGUGUGUGUGUGUGUGUAUAUAUAUUUAUAUAUAUAUAUAUAUGUGUGUGUUUUAUUCAGAGAGGAAAAUGUUCCUGUUGACAUACACACUGAUGUUCAUCUGUGCAGUCGUGUACGAGUGUCACGCUGAGCAGAAGCUGAGAUGUUCCUACAACUCCAAGAAUAAAGGCCUGCAGAGAAUUUGGUGUAAAAAGGACGAAAAUAAUCAGAACUGCUGCUCAGGUUUCUCCUUCAAUUCAGGGGAAAAUGAGCUGGGCAGCGGGAGUCUGAGCGUGCAGGAGGAUGACCAGGGCUUCAACGUGUCUGUGAACAGUCUGCCUCAGGGGGCCGGAGUUUACUGGUGCGGCCUGAAGAAUGGCUCCGGCACCAUCAUCAAACUGGCCGAGAUUGAGCUCCACAGUGAGUCUGCUCAGAGUCCGAUGGAUUUGGUCUGGAGCAUCAUGCGCUGGCUGCUCUUCAUCCUGCUCAUGCUGUCAGUGAUUUCAACUCACAUGUGCUGCAGCAGGAGAAAGGCAAAGGUAAAUUACGUCUCCUGACACUGAUACACGUACAAACAUAUACGUCUGCACAAGUAUACAUUCAUGAAGGUGCAGUUCUAGUCGACAUUCCUGGCAUACAUUUUUUAAAAUAUCAGAUAUCAAGUCAAAUAUUUUCAGUUUUACGUUUUCACAUUUCUGAAAUUAGUAUACAUGAUUUACCGAAAAUAUCAUUAACCAGAACUGCAUUACUCAUGAAUAAAAUCAUUAUCAAAUUGACAGUUGUAUGCAAAAGUUUAGGCACCCCACGCCAAUUUACAUAUUUUGUUACGUUUUUAAGCGAAACAAUAUAAACACAAUCUCUGCAGCAUACAAUUUCUAAAAAUAACAUGUUUUCUGCAGAUAUUAAUGUAGUUGCUUGAGAAAAAAAUAGCAAUUGUGGCAUUGAAGUUUGUACACCAUUCCAGCUGUAAAGUCUCAGAACUUAAUUUAGAUCUUAACUGAUUCAUUUAUGACUCGUUGGUCAGGUCAAGGAAUGUCAUUAGAGCAUAAACAAUAAAUUAUUUCACUUCAAACCUUGUGCUAACACUCAACCAGCUUCUCUUAUUUUUUUUUUUUAUUUUAAUUUUUCAACAAAUUAUGUCAUUUUCGGCCAGAGUGCCCAAACUUUUGCAUACAAUAGUAUGUAGGAUUAUUAUGAACACAUAAUUUUUGGUAAUAAAUUGAGAGAUUUAAUCGAAUCUGUAACUACAUAACUGUUAUUUUGUUUCAGGAGUGAGGCGUACGAUAUGAAAGUGUCCACAUGGAAGACAGGCUUUUAAUGCAGAGAGGCUGUUGAGAAGAAUGAUCUAGUCCAAAACUAACUUAUAUUUUGUGUAUAAAGCUUUAAAAUGUAUAUGUAUAUGUGUGCAUGUGUGUGUGUUCUUUUUAAGUAAGAAAUCAGAUCUCAGAUUAUGACUAAACCUUUUUUUAACCCUGUAGUUACCCACACACAUCGUAUAUAUAUAUAUAUGUAUAAAAUGUGUGUGUGUGUGAUCUCAGUGACUUGACUUUUACCAUGGCGAUGUUGUUUUCACCCACAACAGUCUCUAGAGUUUACACAGAAAGGUGCAGGGGAAAAAAAAAAUUCAAGACGCGACAGUUCUGCGAGCGGAAAUGCCUUGCUGAUGAAAGAGGUCAGAAGAAAAUAGCCAGACUGGUUCGAGCCAACAGGAAGACUACAGUAACUCACAUAACCGCUCUGUACAACUGUGGUGAGCAGAAAAGCGUCUCAGAACACAUUGAAGCGCGAUGUGGAUGGGCUACAACAGCAGAAAACAGGAAACUGUCAACCAAGAACAGGAAAUGGACAGUUGAACAUCUGGAAAAAGACGAAGUGAUAUUCUUCAACUGUCCAGUUUCAGUGAGUCUGUGCCCACUGUAGCGUUCCUGUUCUUGGCUGACAGGAGCAGAAUCUGAUGUAGUCUACUGCUGUUGUAGCCCAUCUGCCUGAAAUGCUUUUCUGCUCAUCACAGCUGUAUAGAGUGAAUAUGCAGUAACCCAUCCCAUCAGCUCUGGUCAUUCUUGUCCAGUAUACACACGCAGUACAUAUAGUAGGAAGCCACAGGAUUUAAAACGGUGAUGCUUACAUAACAGUGUUUUCGUCAGUUUUAAGAAAGUAGAAAUGUUUUUUGUCUUGAAUGCUAAGUGUCAUUUUCAUGUAAAACCACAUCUCCAGAUCUGAUCUAAAAUCUAAUCACCCUGUUUUUUCCUCCUCACGAAAUGUACAAUAUGCUUUUGAGUAACCAUGACCGUAUUAAUGGAAAGUAAUGGAGGGGGAAAAAAAGCAACCGAAGGUGUGCUGGCUUAAAAAAAUAUUUUUAGCAUCAGUUGCUGUAAUGCUGAAAUGUAACGAGGGAGUGAAAACUGUAUCUAUCAAGCUGUUCAUUUCAAUUAAAGUGCAAUAUAAUGGUGAGAAAUUA